GCCACCGCCCUUUUGCUUUCGCUUUGCCCCCGCUGGCAGCCGGCGGCGCGGCCAUGGAGAACGGCGCUGUCUACAACGAGACCACCGAGCCUCAGGCCAAGUCGCCCCGCCGCCCCUUCGGCUGCACCCUGCGGCACCUCUGGGGAUGGCGGCUGCCCGCCAAAGCGCUCCAAGCGAUUCUCUCUCUUCUGGCUGUUAUUUGUGAAGAAAUUGUGGAGGAUUGUAUCAAGUGUGGAGGACUUUACUUCUUUGAAUUCACAAGCUGCAGCGCCUUUCUUUUGAGCCUCCUCAUCCUGUGUGUGUAUUGCACUGAUGUAUACGAAACGUUUGGCGAAGAAAAAGUACAGAAAGUGAAUUUUUGGGCCAUGGUAGCCAUAGGUGUCUGGUUUCUGUUAGCAUCAAUAGUGCUUGCUGCGACCAGCUCUGGGUCUGCUGUUGAAAAAGCUGCAUGUGCAUUUGGAUUUCUUGCAAGCAGUGCAUUUUUAGCUGAAAUUAUUGUAGAGUAUUUUCUCAGUCGGAAACAAAACGUCGACAGACACACUGAAAAUCCUGGCAACACUCAGAAUGCCACAGAAAAUCAGCCACUGAAUAAACAAAGCUAACUUUCUGGAAUUAUUUCUUUUUUUUUUUUUUUUUUUAAUGGAGCAAACUAAAAUGAACUUUCGGUGCACUGUAGGUAACAACUUCUGUCUCUUCAUUUUAAUCAAUUUUGUACGCACCGCUCAUCACAAAUUUUUAUAGAUCCUUAGGUCAAGUAAUGGCAUCUUAAGCAUCAUGUUCUAAGGUAACUGGUCCUGCUUAAUAACUUGUCCUGCCGUCUGUCCAGGUGACGUACAUUAAAAAAACUUGUGUCUAAGUAGAGUAACUUCAGGACAACAGUGUGCUGAUUUGAUUUUGACAGAGAUGACUAAUAAAGGUUUAUGCGUGAUCCAUAAAUUCCAAGCUAUACCCUAAAGGUAUUUUCCAUAUAAAUGGACCAGAUGCUUCUCUUAUGAGUUAUAAAUUAGUACAGUGGAAUUCAUUUUUGUACUUACUGGUCAAACUGUGAAUGUGAAAGGGAUACCUAAUCAGAGCCUUACAGAAAUGCUUAUCCUUACAUAAGGGUUUUUGGUUUUACUGUUCAUGCGCCUCAGUUCUGUCUCUGUAGAUCAGUUUAAUGGAACAGCGAGUGUAGGGGGUUUAUGGGGAGGGUAAUGUAAUGGUAUAUUAAGGAGACAGUUUUGCACCCCAUGAUUGUCAAAGUUUGGACUUGUAUGCCAGAAUCGUCUUUCAGACUGUUUCAAAACCUAUAAAAGUUGCAGGAAGAAACUUGAAAAGCCAGCUCAGAGAGGAAAAAGAUGAAGAAUAAAUAUUUUCACGAAGUAACCCCAAAAGUGGCAAUCUGAACAUCAAUGGGAAAAAUGUUACAGCACGCUGGUACUAUCCUGUUGAAUAAUACUUGCAGGGUUAAUACCACGUGCAGCUUGUUUAUGCCUAGUAAAUGGUGAGUUUUACCAGAAUGGUUAUGGACCCCACCAUUUUCUUUGUUUGUAAAUAUGGCUUUAGCUUGAGACUUCUUGCUACUGACUAAGUCAGUUGGUAAACAGGUAAAUAAGCACUUGUACCCUUGAUUUGUCUUAAAAGCGAUGGCUGUCGGACUGCAAGAAACACUACUGAUGCAACACGUAUCAGACAAGUGACAGACGUAUCAGUCCCGAUGUUGAUGGCUGUAAAAGAAAUGAAGUGGUGAAAAGGUGUUUUUCAGAUGUCUGAGGUAGAAGCAUGACUGCUAGACCUCGCUUAAGAGAUAAGCCUUCAAAAGUAGGGCAAAUUGCUGUACACCAGGAGAUGUUCCAAAAUACCAAAGCAAAGGAGAAAAAGCUGAUUAUGCAAAAACAGUUCUUGUUUGCGCGCUUGUGGCAUUUGCCGUGUCUUCCAGGCAUUAACUCCAUUUCAUCAAUACCCUAGUCUGAUAAAUGUAUAGUCCUGUAACCUGUUGUGGCAGCAUUGAGACUAAGCCCUCCAGAGGGGAAAAGGACGAGGAAGCUGUUGUAAGGCAAAGGACUGUAAAAGAAGGUCAGAGGUUUUUUUCCAGUGCUGCCACUUUCUGAUCAAUGUGAGUUUGUGAUGUUCUCUCUCUAAACUCUGAGAUUUAAGCCUAACACUACACUUUGCUUGCAGGGUGUAAAAUCAAAACACCAAGUUUAAGCUGUAGCUUGGUUUCAGAGCCAUGCAUAAAAGGCAUACUUCCCUUCAUAGAAUUUCCUGCUUUGUGAAGAAGAAAUGCUCUUUGGACUGCCUUUUUUUUUUUUUUUUUUUUCUUAACUGUAUUUAUUAGUGUCUGUUUGCAUUAAAACCUGAUCUCAGUCUAGGUGAACAGAGCUUGCUGUCUCUGAAAACUGGGUAGUUUAGAGAUGUUUUGUUUACAAGCCAUGCUACUGGUGAUAUGAAACUUGCCAUAAUAAGAAAUAUUUUUGCUAUGAUUUGCAGUGUCUUACUUUAGGGAUUGUGUCCCUAUCUAUGACUAACUUUCUAAGGGAGUUUUUUAUUGCCCAGGACUCUACUGAAAUUGUUUUCACAUCACAAUAUCUGUAGUCUCUAAAUCUUGAUCUAUAAUUAAAAGCUGUAAAUAUAGCGUAAGAGUAACACUGUGCUGCUGAUAUUUAUUAAGCAAUGCAGCAUCACAAUGGGACUUUUAUCUUGAGGUAAUUUUUCUUGUAAUUUUUCUUAGCUUGAAAAUAUAGGAGUCCUGGGUUUUAGUUGCUUUGCUGUAGACUUUUCCCCACCCAAGUGCUUUGUUACCAGUGUCCAGUCCUGAAUUGGAGGAUAACUGGUACUGAAAAGGAUCUGUAAAGUCAUCUCUCUGUCUUGGCCUCCCUAUCUAUGAUAUCUACUGCUGAUACUUCACAGAGAAGCUGAAAUACAGAGCAAGUUAUUUUUAUGAAAAAGUGCCACAAGGAGUUGAUGUCAGAAGAAGGUGACUCUGACUGAGAUCUCCUGCCUCCCAUGAUUUGACUAUUAGGCCUUUUGAAGCAAAUGCUGCCAGCCUUUGCAGAAUGGUUUGAUGGAUUCUCCUACGAGAUACAUACUGGCAUCCCUGGCUAGUUUUCCCAUAUGUCACAGGCAUUUACUAAUAGGAGAAGUCCUGCUAUUCUUUAAACAAUACAUAGUACUCCAUCCCAAAUACUGUCUCGCUGAUGUUAAUCUGUCACAUAGUAGUUAAAUACUAGGAGCAGAUGAGCCACAUACUAUUUAUAGGUUUAAGGCAAUUGCUAAAUUGUUGCUUCCCAACCAGUUGUUGGCUAACAAAGCAGUUUCUGUACUGGUAAUCCUAGGUUUCUAAGUAUGAGGUGUUCUUUUUGUUCUGUUUUAAAAUAGUUGAGAAGCAGGUUUGCUAGUGUGUGUGCUGUUUUCUGCUUCUGCAAGGUCAUUCCUUGGCUGCUUUAUCAGCUUCCUGAGAUACGGGGGCAGGCGUGUGUCCCUCCUAGCUCUGCUGCCCUCCCAGGCUAGGGUGGGGAGAGACUUCCUUGCAGUCUUGACAUGCCUCCUUUGAUGCUUCUGGUGUUGGAUCCAGGCUUUGAGUGUCUGCCUUUUAAUGAGACCGAUCCCAGAGAAUGGCGCUGGAGGUGGAUUAAACAUCUGGUUUUGCAGGAGCUCAGCGUGUGUGGCUGGAUGCCUCUUACCCCUCCCGUGCUCCACCAGCAAAGCGGUCUGCUUCUUUCCCGGCCUGCUUCUGAUGUAAUCAGCUUGCUUUAUUUAAACCGGCUAUUUAAAUUGCGUACAUUAAGGUGUCUGAUUUUGACUGAAGUGGAUUUAGGGAUUGUUCAGGAGAGCGGUGGGAGCUCUGGCAGAAGUGCUGUUACAAACAACUGUCUUAAAUAUCUUCAUCUGUUUGCAAAGUUAUCGCUUCUGUACAAUCUCAACUGGUAGUAAAACCUGUGGAAAGAAGCAACUGGCCCAGUGCGUCUUCUCCCUUCUUCACCACGGUGCUCGGCAGCGGUGUUGCGAGCCUGCUCAGACACAUUAAAAGCUUUUAUCUUUUCCAGUUGAGCCCAUCUGAAAAUAUUUAAAGGCUGUGCGCCCACUUUCAGGCUUUGUUUACAGUGCCUUGAGAAUCAUUGCAGAGGAUUCUCCAGGACGUGUGAGGACUUGCUGUUAAGUGGCUGGACCGCGAGUUUCUGCUCUGAAAAUCUGUGUGUGCAUUGUGUAGAUUGUGAUUGUUAAUUUUGUGUUGGGCAUUUAGCCCACAUUAAAAUCACAAUGGCACCAGUGCCCUUUGGGCUCGAAAUAUGUGAAGGAAUUGUGCCUAACCGCUCGGGCUCUGUGCCUGAAAAUAGCAGGGGAGGGUUGUGGUCUGUUACAGUUGAGUUUUACCUUUUUGCACCUUCCGACUCGAAAAAGCAGUGAGUUCUCUCACACAAUUCUCACAGCUCUGCACGAGAUGUUUUUGCAUAAUGGGCGUCAUGGUGAUCCUCGUUCAAAUUUGUGCAAUAAAAAUAGCAAGCUUCUUACACUGAGGGAAAUACUUUGUGAAAUAUUUGAAAGGUUAUAUAAAAUUGUAACGAGUCGAGAUGCUGGUAGUGCCUUUAAAAUGGAAAUUCACCUUUGUUUUAAUCUAUUGCUGUAAGCAUAAGCAGAUCUCUCGGUCCUAAAUUUUAUGCUAUUCAGAUCUAUCUAUCAUUUUUACUAUCUUUGAGAAUUUAAGUGACUUAAUGAUUAUUAAAUCAGGGUGAUAAUACAGUAGUUUUAUAUAUAUGAAAUAAUUCUAUACAGUUUUGUUGCCAAUGUUGCCUUGAAUUUCCAUUGAAAUAGUUUUGAAAUGCUUAAAUAUUUUUCCAUUCUAAACCUGUGGUCUUUUCUAAUGUAUUAU